AUGUCAUCGGACUUUGAAUGGGCAGCAGAUUAUGCGGCCCUCUGCUCCUCUUACCCCUUCUCUGUUGCCUGGGGGCCCCAUGGGAAGGAGUUGAGGGCCUCUCAGCCAAUAGCUGCGGGGCAGACGCUUCUCUUUGAGGCCCCUUUGCUUGCCUGGCCAGUGAAGGCCUCUGCUGCUUUUAAUUCCUUUUGCUUCUGCGAAAAUUGCCUCAGGAUCCGCCCCUUCUGCGCUCACCCCACACAGCACAAACUCAAGCAAAGGCACGCAGAACAAUACCCUGCAGCAAAUACAGCAGCAGAUGCAGCAAGGCACAAUGGUGCGGGGGUGCUAAUCGAUGCACCAGAUGCUCCUGCUGCUUCAGCGCCUGAGGGGGAGGAAGAAGAGCCGGGCGUCUGCGUGCACGACCCAGAAGGAGGCGAGCCCCUUUGGUUUUGCAGCUCCAGAUGCUACCACCAGGCAUGCGGGGCCCCCAACUCAGGAUACGUAGAAGGGGGGCCUCCUGAUGGUGCUGCUGCUGCUGGUGUGGGGCCCCGCAGCAAGCGCAACCUCGACGGCUCGCUGAUGAGCCCCGCCACGCCCAGCAGCAACAGCAGCAACAGCAGCAGCAGCAGCAAAUGGGAGGAGCAGCGCGAGUUUGGGUGGAUGGAGUUUUUAUCUUUUGGGGCUCUUUUGCGUCUGCGGCAUUAUGAUCAGCAGCAGCACGCUGCUGCGGACUCGGACGCAAAAGGAAAUGAAGGGGAAGUAGGAGCAAUGAGGAGCGAUGGGAGUGUACAAAGAGCAGCAGCAGACGGCGCAGCAUGCAAGACAGAAGCAGCUGAAGCAAGUCUAGAGAGGUGGAGGGCAAACAGGCAAGAAAGCAGCAAUGAGAACCCCAUAGGAGUGGAGGCGUUGGGCCGUGCAGUGGCUCGCGUAGCUGCAACAACAGCAACACUCAAGAACGCAUUUAAACUAGAUUUGGAAUCAGCAUAUGCAGAGGCAUGCAGACCCUUUUUGCGGCUAUCUGCAGCAGCAGCAGCGGAGGUGUUGGGGGCGUUUGACUUGCAGAGAGCGCAGCAGCUGCUGCAGCAGCAGCUGGGGGCCCCCCUAGCGCAUGCACUGGGCCCUGAAGCCGCAGGGGCCCUCUUGGGAGAAAACGCAUUGGCAUUUUUCUAUGGAGGUCUUAUGAGGAAUGCACAGGCGCUGCUGCUGUGGGGUGCUACAGCAGCUGGCAGCCUCAUGCUGCUGCGGGGGGCUGGAGUGUACGUGUUGCAGGCCUGCUGCAACCACAGCUGCAGCCCCAACUGCAGCGUGCAGAACGAACAAGAUGCGUUCAUUGCUCUUAAGGCAGAUAGAGACAUUCAAGAGGGAGAGGAAAUCACCAUUACUUACGUUCCUCUGGACCUCUCCGCCACACAAAGACAGCAACUCCUCAACAACUACCAAUUCACCUGCAGCUGCAGCAGAUGCGCAGAAGAAAUGCAGAAAGAACAGCACGUGCAACAGCAACAGCAGCAGACGCAGGUGCAGCCCCAGUAG